UUGGGGAGGGAGGAGGAAUGGAGCAGAGAGGAGGCACCGGCAGCGUACCAACAGCGGCAGGUCUGAACCACAUGGGCUGGGCUGACAGCAGCGGCACGGUCGGCGGCGCCGUUGAGGUAGGCGAAGAAGCGAGCUUUUGGUGGCAUCAAAGGAAAGACAGCGACCCCCCAACAAAAUCACCUUCUCCAACGCCAUCAAGGCCAGAUCUUCCUCACAUCGGGCAGCCGCGGUCUUCACAUCUCCCCGCCCCCGCAGUGCCGUACCAGCCAUGCGUAUCUUCGUGCUGUCCGGGCAGAGUAACAUGGCCGGCCGUGGCGGCGUGCACCGCCGGCACUGGGACGGCGUGGUACCCCCGGAUUGCGCGCCGGAUCCGUCUAUCCUCCGCCUCUCCGCGGCGCUGCAGUGGGAGGAAGCCCGCGAGCCGCUCCACGCCGACAUCGACACCACCAAGACCUGCGGCAUCGGGCCCGGGAUGGCCUUCGCCCGCGCUGUGCUCCCGCGCCUGCAGGAGGACACCCCCGGCGCGGGGACCCGGACCGGGAUCGGGCUCGUGCCGUGCGCCGUCGGUGGGACGGCCAUCAGGGAAUGGUCUCGCGGGGAACACCUGUACGAGCAGAUGGUAUGCCGGGCGCGCGUCGCGGCCGGGUACGGCGAGAUCGAGGCCGUGUUGUGGUACCAGGGGGAGAGCGACGCCGAGUCCGAUGCCGACACGGGUGCGUACUUGGAGAACGUCGAGAGACUCAUCGGUAAUGUCAGGGCUGAUCUUGGGAUGCCGCAGUUACCCUUUAUUCAGGUUGCUCUUGCAUCUGGGAAUAAAAGGAACAUUGAAAAAGUUAGAAAUGCUCAGUUUAGUGUUAACCUGCCCAAUGUGGUAACUGUCGAUCCGAUGGGUAUGGCAUUGAACGAAGACAACCUGCAUCUUGCCACCGAGUCACAAGUGAAGCUUGGCAAAAUGCUUGCAGAAGCCUACAUCAUGAACUUCUUAACAGCAACUUGUUAGGUGAAUACAAGGCUCUCAAGUCUCAACAUCUUCAACCCACAGUAAGUAUAUAUUUGACAAGAUCACCCAGCUACAAGACUGUCAUGUGCCCAAGCACUUAAUCAAUCGACGACACUACCAAUCGCUAAAGAGCCUCAAUUCAUGGAUUUCAAACUCGCUUCAUAACAUUUCCCUCCAUAUUGUAAUAAUGGUUGCUGCCGUUUGGUUUUUCUUGCGAAACUUGUACUAAAGAAAAGGUCCCGCACUUGGCUUGCCCUAAAGAAAAUUUAGAAAAAAAAAAAAUAGCCAAAUAUGCCCGGGACUCCCUC